GUUGCAGUUUUUUAGUUUAGCUUCAAACAUUGUUUGAGCUUUGACGGUUAAGGAUGGACUUCCUCCGAGUGUAUAUAUCCUUUCUGCUGCUGGUGCACUUGGCUGAAUCUGCGUUUCUGCCUUGUCUACCGGAUGAGAUAUGUACCCGACUAUCCGAAUGCUCUCCACUUUUGCCCUUUCUGAAGCCCCAACACAUGACGUCAGCCGAAAUGGAGAUAUUCAGCCCCAGACAGUGCGGCUAUGACCCCAAUAGCGUGGAAUUAGUGUACAGAGUUUUCGUGUGCUGUCCGGCAUGGGAUUACGUUUUGCCAAAUCGCCGGAUAUGCGGACAAACACCGGCCGCUGAUCGAGUUACUAGUGGGAAAGAGGCGGGCCUCAACGAGAUGCCUUGGAUGGCCAUGCUUCUAUAUGCGGAACUCUACAUGCCGGCGUGGAGGGGAGGACUUGUGUCCAUGUGCGCAGGAUCCCUUAUCACCAAUCGCUACGUGCUGACCGCAGGCCAUUGUCUGGAGAGAUCGGGAUACGAACUCAGGAGGGUGCGCCUUGGCGAACAUGACACCACUAGCAAUCCCGACUGCACCGAGGUGAAUGGCAGAAGGAAGUGCGCUGCAGCGUAUCUGGAGAUGGACGUGCAGCUGGCUAUCAGGCAUAAGGACUACAUGGUCAUCGACCACAGGCCCUACAAUGACAUCGGCCUGCUGCGACUCAGAUUCCCAGUGCGAUAUACCGAUGCAAUCAAACCCAUUUGCAUUCAGCUUGGCAGCUAUGAAUUCUCGAAUCCCUCCUUUGACAACUAUACAUUGCAAGUGGCCGGCUGGGGAUUGACUCUCUGGGAGGGUUAUAGCAAUGUGCUACUACGGGCCCAUGUCACUGGUAGGAAGCCGGAUAAGUGCCCACCAUCCUUGGGAUUGAACGAGGACACCCAGAUAUGCGCCGGCGGCCUGGGAGGCAGGGACACCUGCAAGGGCGACUCCGGCAGCCCGCUGAUGGCCGCCAUGGGUCGAGCUGACGAGGAAUUCGUAUAUCUAGCUGGAAUCACAUCUUAUGGCUACAAUGAGUGCGGAUCCGGACCGGCAGCUUACACAAAGACAUCCAAAUUCCUGCAAUGGAUUCAAUGGAACAUGUGGAAACAGCAUACGCUUAUAUAUUAA